AUGCGCGUCAGCGGCAUCGCCCGCGCAGGCGGCGCGGCGGGUCGUACGCGCGGCCGCGGCGGGCGCGUGAAUGAGGCGCCCGCGCUCGCGCCUCGUCGCUCGCGUUCAGUAGCCGUGGAGCACGCGCAGCGGCUGGAGCGCUCCCAGGCCAUGUAUGUCAUAAAUUUAGAAAUGGCGCAUGAGAGCGCGAGUGGCGCGGACGGGUCGCCGCACCACACGCCGUCGCCGCCGCACGCGCCGCGCCUCUCCGCCGACACCAGCUUCCACCAGCAGAUCUUGCAGAAUCAGAGCCCGAGAAAGAAUCCUAUUGCGGAGAGAGCGAAACAAACAUUAGAAAAUAAUUUCCUGUUGCAAUUAAAGAAGCAGCAACAGUUGCAGCAAGAAAUUUUGCUGCAACACUUUCAGCAGCAGCAGCAGCAGCUCGCCGAGCAGCACGAGCAGCAGAUCAGGCAUCACUUGAAGGUGAAUAUCUCAAAACUAUGGGAGCAGCAGAAAGCGAUGGAGGAGGCGGCGCUGCGCGAGGCGCGCGAGGCGCGGGAGGCGCGGGAGGCGCGCGAGCGUCACGAGCGCGACCGCGUCGAGCUGCUGCGCAAGAAGGACAAGCACGAGCACAGUGCCAACGCCUCCACGCAAGUCAAACAAAAGCUGCAGGAAUUCUUAAAGAAGAAGGCUGCGGCUAAUGCAAAUGGAACAGUACCCGGAUCUCCCUACAGAAACUGGGGUAUUGUGAAGUCGUCCUCGGGGGAAUCGAUCACGUCGACGGGCGCGACAGCCACCGCCCACCCCUACAGGAUCGCGGCGCCGCUGCCGCUCACGCACAACGCGGCGCCGCAGCAACCUUCUCCCGCCGACUUCCCUCUCAGGAAGACAGCGUCGGAGCCCAACAUGCUGAAGGUGCGGCUGAAGGCGCGCGUCAUCGAGCGCCGCGCGUCGCCGCUGGCGCGCCGCCCGCUCAAGACGCGCAUCAAGCACCGCAACAAUCGUAUGAUAUGGUAUCGUUUAGUAAUGUAUGUAAUGAUAGCUAACGUGUGUGUUGCGUGCGCGCGCGCAGAUUGCGAGGGCGCGUCGCCGCGCGGGUCGCCGCCGGGCGCGGUGGCGGCGCCCAUCCGUGAGGAGGAGGAGGGCGCGCGCGCGCCGGACCUGCUGUUCUCGUCGCCCUCGCUGCCCAACAUCUCGCUGGGCCGCCCGCACGCCGCGCCGCGCCACGCGCCCCACGCGCCCGCCCCGCCCACGGUGACAGUGGCGCUACCGCCGGUGUCGGAGGCGGAGGGCGGCGCGAGCGGUGCGUCCGGGGCGGGCAGCGCGUACUGCGGCGCCGCGCUGGCACGCCUGGCCAAGCGGCCGCUGGGCCGCACGCACUCCGCGCCGCUGCCGCUGGGCGACCCUGCGCUGCAGCCGCCCUCCGCGCACCACGCGCACCCCGCGCACCUCGCGCACCACGCGCACCACUACCUUCGCGACCAGAUACGCAAGACGGUAUUAACUCGCGCGCACGACGCGGCCGCGUCGCAGUUGCAGCUGCGCGAGGAGGAGGGCGAGGUGAUCGACCUGACGGCGCGCAAGGCGGCGCCCGAGAGCCUGCCGUCCGCCCCCGCGCCCGCCCCCGCGCCGCCCGCCCACGCGCCGCCCGGCGCCGCGCCGCUCGCGCGCGCGCUGUCCUCCCCGCUGGUGGGCGCGCGCCCGCCCGCCACCGGCCUCGCCUACGACGCGCUCAUGCUCAAACAUGGAUGCGCGUGCGGGGCGCACGCGCCGACGCACCCGGAGCACGGCGGGCGGCUGCAGUCGGUGUGGGCGCGGCUGUGCGAGACGGGGCUGGCGGCGCGCACGGAGCGCACGCGCGCGCGCAAGGCCACGCUGGAGGAGCUGCAGGCGGUGCACUCGGAGGCGCACGUGGCGGCGUGGGCGGGGCGCGCGGGUGGCGCGGGGGCGGGUGGCAAGGGCGAGGGCCGCGCCGUGCGCCUCGUGCGCCUGGCGUGCGGCGGCCUGGGCGUGGACGCCGACACCGCCUUCAGCGACGCGCACACGCCGCCCGCCGCGCGCCUCGCCGCCGGUGCGCUGCUCGACCUCGCCACGCGCACCGCGCGCAACGAGCUGCGCAACGGGUUUGCAAUAGUGCGCCCGCCCGGCCACCACGCCGAGCCCAAUCAAGCGAUGGGUUUCUGCUUCUUUAAUAAUGUAGCCAUCGCUGCCAGGAUACUACACACUAAGCUCGGCUUGCAGAGGAUACUGAUUGUGGAUUGGGACGUGCACCACGGCAACGGCACGCAGCAGAUCUUCUACUCGGACCCGCACGUGCUGUACGUGAGCCUGCACCGGCACGACGACGGCAACUUCUUCCCGGGCACGGGCGCGGCCAGCGAGUGCGGGGCCGGCGCGGGCCUGGGCUACACCGUGAACGUGGCCUGGCCCGGCCACCCACCGCUGGCCGACGCCGAGUACCUGGCCGCCUUCCGCGCCAUCGUGAUGCCCAUCGCCAAGGAGUACGACCCCGAGCUGGUGCUGGUGUCGUGCGGCUUCGACGCGGCCGCCGGGCACCCGGCGCCCAUGGGCGGCUAUAGCGUGUCGGCGGCGUGCUUCGCGCACAUGACGCGCGACCUCAUGUCGCUGGCGGGUGGGCGCGUGGUGCUGUCGCUGGAGGGCGGCUACGACCUGGCCGCCAUGUGCGACUGCGCGCAGGAGUGCGUGCGCGCGCUGCUGGGCGAGCGCCUGUCCGCGCCGCCGCUGGCCGAGCUGGCGCGCGCGCCCGCGCCGCACGCGCAGCGAGCGCUGCGCGCCGCACUUGCCGCGCAGGCGCCGCACUGGCCCGUGGUGAAGCGGUACAGCUCGCUGAUCGGCAUGUCGGCGCUGGAGGCGGGCGCGGCGGGCGUGGCGGGCGCGCCGGAGCGCGGGCGCCUGCAGAGCGAGCGCGACGCGGCCGACACGGCGGCGGCCAUGGCGUCGCUGUCGGUGCAGCCGCCGCUGCCGCUGCCGCUGGCGCACGCGCCCUCCGCGCCCGUGCUCUCCUCGCUCGCGCUCGCGCCGCCGCAGACGCAGCCGCUCGCGCUCAGCCGGUCGGAAAGCUCGCGCUCCGUCUCCGAGGAGCCCAUGGAGCAGGACGAGGGCAAG